CGACAAUAUCAGCUGUUUGUCAGCUGCGUGCCGGUAAAUAAAUUCCAAUUGUUGUCUAUAACAAUUGAAAUAAGCUGUAAAUAUUGUGUAAUCACAACUUAAAACAAAUAAUUUGUAUCGGAAUUUAAGCUAAUAAUUUGAAUAUUAAAAUAUGUGGCCCAUUAUUAUGGCAAUACUUCGUCGCAACGCGGUCUACAUAACUCUUCCAAUUGCUGGUGUCGUUGGUUUCAUCGGUUACAAUUUGGAAAACUUAUUAUCCGACAAAUACACACCAUACAGCAAAUCUAUACAAGAAAAUCGUGCUGAACGUUUAGCUGAAGAGGAAUUAGCUGACCCUACACGCGUGGAAAAGCUAAGAUUAAAUGCGAAUGUUCUUGAGAGAAAUCUAUCUCCAUCUUUACAACCAAAGUAAGCAGUUGGAUAUGGUAGAAAACAAAAUGCUAAAUUCACUAAAGAAAUUAAGCAUUUUUGUUACGUUCAAAAUGAUGCUUUUAUAUUAGAAAUCUCUAUUUACAUACGAGUAUAUGCACGCAGGUACAGAAGAAGAAGAAUGUUUAAGUGUGUGUUUGUUUUAUAUAGUAGU